GUGGGCAAAUUUUUUUCAUUCUUCCUUAACGUUUUCAGCGAGUGUGUCGUGUUGGUCAUCUCUCCCGAGUGUCUCUCUCCUUGUGUGUGUGUCAUCAACACCGAGUAGCAGCAGCAUCUAGAAGUGAACAGUAAAAGCUGCACUUCUAAAGGAACAACGACACGGUUCGGUGAAAAGUGAAACGUUAGAGAAAAAGAAAAACAGCCAAAACACACUACAACAAUGGCCCUGCCGGAAGAAAACCCCGUCUACUCGCCCUUCUUCGGAGUAAUGGGCGCAGCAGCUGCUAUCAUUUUCAGCGCUCUCGGUGCUGCCUAUGGUACGGCCAAGUCCGGUACCGGUAUUGCCGCCAUGUCGGUGAUGCGUCCGGAGUUGAUCAUGAAGUCCAUCAUUCCCGUUGUCAUGGCGGGUAUCAUUGCCAUCUACGGUCUGGUCGUGGCUGUCCUUAUCGCCGGUUCCCUGGAUGAGCCAUCGAAAUACUCGCUGUACAAGGGUUUCAUCCAUCUCGGUGCUGGUUUGGCCGUCGGUUUCUCGGGUUUGGCAGCCGGUUUCGCCAUCGGUAUCGUCGGUGAUGCUGGUGUGCGUGGUACUGCCCAGCAGCCGCGACUGUUCGUCGGUAUGAUCCUGAUCCUCAUUUUCGCCGAAGUGUUGGGUCUGUACGGUCUGAUCGUCGCCAUCUACCUGUACACGAAAUAAAUUAGCACCGCCAGUGCUAAUUCGCGCCACAGUGGUGUCCCUUGGUGGUUGUGCGUCACCG